AGUUGCGCACUUUGAGCUUUUCACAAGAGGAGAAGCACAGCAGCAGCUCUGAGUAGCGACAGCAGAACCUAUAAACUUCCUGCCCAUCAGAAAGACUGAAGGAGCCGAUUGUCAGAAGAACAUUUUAAACCUGCGGAAAUGAUUUUCAAACAGUUGAAAAAGUUUCUCGUGAUUUUUGACUCUCCGGAGAUGGACUGUCCCCCGGUGUUCAGCAGCGGGGACGUAGUGUCCGGACGGGUUGUGCUAGAACUGUUCGGUGAGACCAAGGUCGACUCCCUGAAGCUACACGCGGAGGGGUACGCCAAAGUGCACUGGACCGAGUCCCGGUCAGCCGGCUCCAGCACGGCGUACACCCAGAACUACAGCGACGAGGUGGAGUACCUGAACCAGAGAGAGGUGCUUCUGCAGGCAGAUAAUUGUGAGGUGACGGUCCUUCCUGCUGGCAGACACGAGUUCCCGUUCAGUUUUCAGCUUCCAGAGGAGACGCUCGUCACCUCCUUCGAAGGGAAGCAUGGCAGCAUCCGUUACUGGGUCAAAGUUAAGCUGCACAGGCCAUGGUGUCCCGUCAGGAAAAUCAAGAAGGAGUUUACCGUCAUCGAGCCCAUCGACAUCAACACACCAAGCCUGCUGGCUCCACAGGCGGGGACAAAGGACAAGCUGGCACGGACGUGGUACCGCAACUUUGGACAGGUGUCUGUAACAGCAAAGAUCGACCGUAAAGGUUACACUCCAGGUGAGGUCAUACCUGUGUUUGCAGAGUUCGACAACGCCACCUCCAGGUCAAUUGUUCCCAAAGCCUUUAUCACUCAGACUCAGACCUUCAUCGCCCGUGGCACUAUGAAGCAGAAGCGCUCCAUUGUGGCCACGCUGUGCGGUGACAUCGUGAGCGCCAGGACCAGGGAGACCUGGCACGGUCGGGCCAUUAAGAUCCCACCAGUGGGUCCGUCCAUCCAGCAGUGUCGCAUCAUCAAGGUGGAGUACAUGUUGAAGGUUUGUGUCGACGUCCCGGGGACAUCCAAGCUGUGUUUGGAGCUGCCUCUAGUCAUUGGCACCAUCCCGCUCCAUCCCUUCGGCAGCCGGACGUCCAGCAUCAGCAGCCAUUACAGCGUCAACCUGGAGUGGCUGCGCAUGGCCAUCCCGGAGCAGCCUGAGCCUCCUCCAGAAUACAGCUCUGUGGUGACAGAGGAGGAGGCAGAGCAGAGAAACAACGUGGUGGUCCAGCAGCCAGCUGAAGACCUGAGCGGGAUCAUGGAGCGACCCCUCAUGGCUUUUGUCCAAGAGUUUCGCUUCCGACCUCCACCAGUUUACAGCGAGAUUGACCCCAACCCUCAGCCCCUCAACAUGAGACCUCGCUGCAUGACGUGUUGAACUAUGAGCCCAGUCUGAGCGAAGAGCUGCGUUACUAGUAAAACAAAUCGAGAGAUUUGUCUUCUUCUGGAUUUAUUCCUCAUUGCUGAACGAGCACCUGGUCCCCGCCUGGGUUGUGGAGACGGACUAGAGCGCCACGGAGAGGAGAAGGAGCUCACAGGAGCUGAAAGCUUGCAAAGAUGAAGUAGACUUUUCCCGUUCUGUUGAGAGACGGAUCUGCUUCUCCACAUCAGUUCCUGUUCUCCGCAAGUGAUUUUAUGUUUGGCUCUCAGAACUGAGACAAAAUACCUCCCAAUCAACAGUUCCCUGCUGUUUGUGAGAUGUAAGGAGUUUGGGACAUAUUGUAGGGUGGGGGUUAGGAUCACUUGAUAUUUAUCAGGCAAAGUCUUGAUCUGAGCGCUUUUGAUUAGCUGACAUGUUCAGACGCACAUUGUCAUCUUUGAGCGGCGUAAAGAGAAAAGUGCAAUUAUCAUGUUCAGUUUGUAACUUUGCCUGGCAGCAGGGUAGAUGUUACAUACCUACAUUGCUAUGCAUUUUGUUACUCAACAGCUAUGUACUGUUACAUAAGCGCAUAAUGUACCUAAAGGUGUGAUGAUUGAGCAGAGAAGUCGAAUAAGGAGAUCUGGAUGUUCUUGAUGUAUGCAGGUAAAACACGCAAAAGGGAAACGAUGUACGCCUUAAUAAUCUGCAUGGGAGCUUUAAGGGUGUUCUCCUCUCAGAGAGCUGGAUAUAGCUGAAUGUAAACUGAGAGACAUCAGAGCAAAAAAAAAAAAAAUAAGCAGUUGAAAUCCAAGAGCAGUUUUGUGUAAAUUAGAAAACCUGAAUACACUGAAAUGCAUGAAAGCUGUGGUUGGUUUAAGCAGAUUGACCACAGUAAGGAUGUUGCAUUUUGCCACAGAGAUGUGCUCUCCAGGCUGCUUAACUAAAGGAGAACUCCGAGCCAUACUGAAUUCUUUGGUGCUGUGAAGUGGAGCUUUAAAGCUGGAGAUGCCACUGAAAUGUAUGGACAAAGACCAUUCCAAAUAACUGGCUUUGAGGAUUAAGUUUUGAUUUUCCUCAACUUCCAAAAAAGUCGGUCUGUAUCAGUUCAGGGUCAGGUGUGCAACGUCGGGGCACACACUGGAAAAAACAAUGACUCAAAGAUAAAUGUAUUUUUAUACAAAUGCAAUUGUUGAUUAAUGCCAACUUUUUCUAUUUGUUUUUCCUAAUAAAAGAGAUUUAAAUAA